AUGGCGUUUGCCGACCUACUUGAGAAGAUCGGGGGCAUGGGCCGCUUCCAGGUCCUGCAGGUGGCCUUGCUGGUCACUCCUGUCUUGCUGGUCGCCAGCCACAACCUGCUGCAGAACUUCUCCGCCGCCAUCCCGGACCACCACUGCCGGAUCCGGCUGACCGGCAACGCCACCAACCCUGGCCAUGCAAACAGAACUACUCAAAAGCCAGGGGUGGAGGAGGACCUCCUGUGGAUCUACAUCCCCAAAGACGUGGCCGGGAAGCCGGAGAAGUGUCGCCGGUUUGUUACACCCCGCUGGCACCUCCUCAAUUCCAGCGCCGAUGACAGCCACAAUGUGACACAGGUGGACACGGAACCGUGCUAUGAUGGGUGGAUAUAUGACAACAGCGUUUUUGUCAACACUAUCAUCAUGGAGGUGAGAGGGCCUGGGCGGCAGGUCGGGUGGGGGUCAGGCUGCCACGGCAUUCCACAUGGGUUCCACGUGCAGUGAUGUUUCAUAGGGGAUAGCUUUUCAAGGCAAGCAUUUAAUAAAUGACUUGCACCACAUCCUCCUGCAGCCCCAUGGUGUCUGGGACUGGUGGGGAUUGUAGUCCUGAGGGCCACAGCCCCCCCCCCCAGCUCAGUCUCUGCUAAUUGGAGACAUCCGAGGGCCAAGGCGGACAUGGCGUUGAAUGUGUCUUUGCAUUCAAUGGGCAGGUCUUUUCUCCCGCUAGAACUAGCUGCUAAUUUUCAGGAUCCGUGGCAGGGAGAAUUUAACUAUCUCCUAGCCCAGGGGUCAGCAAACUUUUUCAGCAGGGGGCCAGUCCACUGUCCCUCAGACCUUGUGGGGGGCUGACUAUAUUUUGAAAAGAAAAAAGGGGGGUGAUGAAUGAAUUCCUAUGCCCCAAAAAUAACCCAGAGAUGCAUUUUAAAUAAAAGGACACAUUCUACUAAUGUAAAAACAUGUUGAUUCCCAGACCGUCCGUGGGCCAGAUUUAGAAGGUGAAUGGGCCGGAUCUGGCCCCUGGGCCUUAGUUUGCAUACCCAUGUCCUAGCCCAUUGUGCUGGCAAGGAAAAUUUGGGCGCUGAAAGUGGCUAGUGGCCUUUUUGGGGAGUGUGCCAAACCUCAGAACAGACCUCUCUUCUCUCUUGCCUGGUUCAAGGCUGCAAGCCUGUUCCUCAUCAGCCUGGGCCCAAGCAGACAGGGCGUGGCAAGGCUUGGAGGAACAGCUGGCCCUCACAGGCUCCUAAUCAGGGACCCCAGUGAAGGCACGGGGGAGAAAGCCGAUUCUGUUCGUAUUUAUAAUUGAGCCUGCCAACUUUGCACGUCCCAGAGCAAAGUGCAAACUGAAUCACAGCCACCAUCCUUUGAACGGCGCGCGUCUCUGAAUUUUACAGUGAAAUUCUCCAGACAUGCAACCUGUACACAAAUACAUAUAUACUGGAGUAAGUUGCAUAUAAAAUUAUAUAUACUUGUGAAGAUUGUAUGUAAAAAUGUAGGGAACGUUGUUUUGCAAAAACGUGUAUACUAGGCAAAACUUCACAGAAAGAUUUGUAUAUGUGAAUCAAUAAUACAGUGGUACCUCAGGUUAAGAACUUAAUUCGUCCUGGAGGUCCGUUUUUAACCUGAAACUGUUCUUAACCUGAAGCACCACUUUAGCUAAUGGGGCCUCCCACUGCCGCCGCGCCGCUGCUGCACAAUUUCUGUUCUCAUCCUGAAGCAAAGUUCUUAACCCAAGGUAUUAUUUCUGGGUUAGCGGAGUCUGUAACCUAAAGCGUCUGUAACCUGAAGUGUCUGUAACCGAAGGUAUCACUGUAUUGGGAGAAAUUCGCACCAAAUUGCUGAUGAAUAUUCAGGAGGACUAUUUUUUAAAAAAUUGCAACCUGGCAUGGAAAUACGGAGAACUGUACUUAAGAUUGGAGGGCUGGGGGCUAGGCUGCUUUUAAAAGGGGGAGGGGCGUAUUCAGUAUAGGUAGCAAAUACAAUCACCAUCAUGCUUUAUAUCUUAUUUUGCUUGGCUACUGAAAUCCUGCCACCAUCAGUUGCUAACUACAAGAGCAAAGUGAAACUGCCACAGUCAGCAGCAGUCUACCUCUGAUCACCAGAGGCCAGGGAAUAACAGUGGAAGAGGGCUAUUGCGUGCAUGUUUGGCUUGUGGACUUUCCAUAGGCACUUUGGCUGUCCAGCGUUGGAAGUAGGUUACUAGGCCAGAUGUAUAUUACUGCUGUCUUUCAGCAGGACACUUGCUUUCAUGCUGCAGGGAACAGCCACAUUGACUGCCAAAGCGUAGGAAGGUUAAUGUUUCAAAUGAUUUGAUGCACACUGAUGUUUUCUGUGCAUGCCAUCUGCCUGUUUUUCAUGUAGUAAUUCUAUAUAUAUAUAAAAGGUUAACGUGGCAAAAAGGUAAAAUGUACUAAAGCAGCAGCAACCCUGUGUUUCAGUUAACCAUUUUUCUCACAGCUUAAUUCAACGAGCAAGAGGAAGGGGGUGUGAUAUCAGGUAACAUGCAGAAAAUUCCACUGAGGAGGGGGAAGCAUGGGAGGUCAGAGGUUGACAACCUUUUUAGGCCUUUGGGCACAUUUGGAUUUUUGAGAAAGUGCCACGGGCAUCGGUUGCUCUCAUCACUGCUUCCCCCCCACUCCACCAAAUCAGCACCUGCCUACUUUGCUUUUCCAAAGGAUCAGGGCAAAAGUCCCAUCCAGCAGAAUUGACCAGAGCUUUGAAAAACACAUAGAGCUGAAAGCGGAAGUGAGAAAGAGCGUCACUCUUUCAACUUCCUCCUUUAGCUCUCUGUGCUUUUCGACAGAGAAAUGGAUAGUGGUCCUCACCACCUCAUCACCGCAGAGGCGGGGUGGGGUCUUCUCCAGAGAGAAGACCUCAGAGGUGCUAUAGUGCCCACAAGUGCCAAGUUGGCACCCCCUGCUGCAGACCCAGAGAUCAUCAACUACAGUGGUACCUCGGGUUACAUACGCUUCAGGUUACAGACUCCGCUAACCCAGAAAUAAUACCUCGGGUUAAGAACUUUGCUUCAGGAUGAGAACAGAAACUGUGCUCCGGCGGACGCAGCAGCAGCAGGAGGCCCCAUUAGCUAAAGUGGUGCUUUAGGUUAAGAACAGUUUCAGGUUAAGACCGGAUCUCCAGAACGAAUUAAGUUCUUAACCCGAGGUACCACUGUACAGCAGAAUCCUGCAAGCACACAACUCUGUGAGGCUCUCUCCUUUCAAACAGAAUCUCAGCACUAUGAGGUCUGACCAGCUGCUGGGAGGGGGGCCUCAGCAUCAGCCCCACCUGCCCCCCCCCAGAUGAUUGGCACUGUCACUGCUAGCUCUCCAUUUGACAAUAUUCACAUCACAUUCUUUUGUGCUCACACAGACCACAUCCAGAUGGGCAGCGGGGUGUGUGCUGAGGCAUGCCUCCACACUCUGGGCGGCUUCCAACACAUAAAAACAUAUCACCAAACAUUAAAAACCUCCAGUUACAGGGCUGCCAUCAGAUGUCUUCUAAAAGUUGUGUAGUAGCUUAGAUCAGGUGUGGGAAGCUUGUCAGGCCUUCUGGGUAUUGUUGGACUACAGUUCCCAUAAUCCCUGACCACUGACCAUGCUGGCUGGGGCUGAUGGGAGUUGGGAAUUCAACAAUAUGAGAGAUGGCAUCAGAUUCCCCAGACCUGCUUUAGACCUCCCACCACCCAGUUCUCCUCUAGGGGGCGACACACUGAACCACACCUCCCCCUAGUGGUGGGAUGUUAUACCUACAGCAUUUAACCGACUGACACAGGUGGAUUGUGAUUCCUCUUCUUGUGCGAAAGGGCUGCUUUGCCUGCAUUUUAACCCUCUUCCAUUCCAUCCAUGCAGUGGGAUUUGGUGUGUAACCUGCGGACCCGGAGACAGAUGGCACAGUCCAUUUACAUGGGGGGAGUUCUGGUGGGCGCUCUCGUGUUUGGGAGCUUAGCUGACAGGUGGGUAUCUGUGGUUGUUCAAUAUAUCUGCUCAGGGGUGGAGAAACUCAGGUGGAGGAGAGGAACAGAUGAAGACGUGAACUGCUGCCUCAAUUAGGCUUGACGAAACGCUGGCCUCAGCAGCACUGUUCCCGCAAAGGGGCAUUGUGGGAAAUCAGACUGGCAGGCCGUUUCCCAUCCAAGUACUAACCAGGCCUGACCCUGCUUAGCUUCCGAGAUCAGACAAGAUCGGGUGUGUUCAGGGUAGUAUGGCCGUAGACAGGCCAUUUCCCAAAUCAGUUGCUAGCAUCAGGGAAACCUGCAGCUUAAGAGGCACCUUCCUAGACUCUGCCCCCCCCCAUAAAAAAAGAAUCUGGGACCAGUCCUGCUGUUAGUAUUCAGAUUGUUGGUACUGUAGCAAUGGCAAUAUAUUCAUGCAGCGUCCUGUGUUGCAGAUUUGGGCGCAAGCCAGUUUUAAGCUGGUCCUACCUGCAGAUGGCCGUUGCAGGACUGUGCACCGCUUUCUCCCCGAAUCUCACAGCCUACUGCGUCUUCCGCUUCCUGGUCGGCAUGUCGUACUCUGGGAUUAUCCUGAACUGCAUGUCCUUAGGUAAGUGUCGCAAGGCCCAGUCCGAUGAGGCCAGUUGAACACCAUUAGCUCAGAGUCCCAGCGAUGGCGGAGAAACUGGUUCGGCCUGCAUUUUGAAGCAAGCCAUCCCAAUUCUUGGGUGCCUGGAUUAGAAAGCAUCUAUCAAUUCGAUGAUGCACCUUUCCAAAUUUUGCAAAGGGAUUUUUGGUUCUAAAAAAUGCGCAUUUUACAGGAAAUGCGCCAAAAAGAAAAGAAAUUUAUUAAAACACGCACACAAACCUAGAGUGGAAGUGAUUGCAUGUAUGCAAACUCACAGAGAAUGGAAACAGCCAAAUUCAUCCAUUCCCUAGCUGGGACAGGGUAGAUGGAAUGGUACAAAUUAGAAAUUUCAUAAGCUUUCAGAAUUUGAUUGUGGACCUUGCGAAUUUUGUUCAAAUUUGUGGGUUGAUGCCAAUUAAGCUUUAUUCAGAGUAGACACGUUACUAUUAAUGGUCCUAAGUUAGUCAUGUCUAUUCAUUUCAGUGGGUGAACUCUGAGUAGGACUUCCAUUGAAUGCAACCCUCCAUUUUUAAAUGCAACUUUAAGGCCACUUUGGAUGGAAUUCAACUUUGUGCUAGUUCCAUCAAGGAAGCAUUUCUGUUUGCCAGGUGGAACAAUCUCGACCCUGUUCUGCCAAUGUGCUGAUCUUGGGGUUCUCCUGAUCCUCCCGAGCAGAUUUGGGGAGGGGAGUCCAGUUGCAGAGGUUUCCACUAGUGCAGCAACAUCGUUGGAUCGGGCCCUUUCAAUCUUGUUUCAUGAUUUUAAGGCUAUGAUGUUCAGCAUCAGCUAGGUAAAUUCAAUUCCUCCACACCAGAGGUAGGGAACCUAAUUCUGCCCGAGGGUCUCGUUCUUCCAUGAGCCACCUACCAGGGGCUGUCUGCCAGUGUGGGAUAGGGACGAGAGGACCAGUGAAGCAACAGGUGAGUCUCUUACCUUUGCACAACAGACUGCAUUCCAGCAUUCCAGCCACACAAAAACCAGAGGUUUCUACACACAAACAUCCCUCUCCCUAUCCUUCACCCAGGCAAGCAAAGAGGCAUUAUCAGAGUUCAAGGGCACAAUUCAGCCAGGCAAAAGCAUUCAAGCAGGGUGCAAAGCAGGAACAGUGAGGGGUGUGGCCUGGAGAGGGGGUGUGGCCUAGAGGACUGAGGGUAAGAUAGAGAGGCCUGGAGGGCCACAUUUGGCCCCAGGCUUAAAAUUCCCCAGCCCACUAUGCUAUUAGCUUUAAUCACUGAAUCAUAGACUCACUGAGGUGUCACUAUGGGUCACAAUUACAGAAGAGGAGAAAUUCAAUUUUGUUUCUAAUUAUUAUUUAAUUAUGAAAAAAGCUACCAAAUCCUCAUUUUAAAAAAUCUAAUACAUAAACCAAAGUAUCCUUCUAAACAAGCACUCUUCCGAAUUUUGUGGUCCAGUUCUCCAACCGACGUGCACAACAAUGGACCCUAAAAGCUAUGUGUAUCAGUCAAAAGUGUGUACAAAACCGUGUAUGUUAAGAGAAAUUCAUACUGAAACGCUGAUGAAUAUUUAUGAGGGCUUAAAAUGCAAACACUCACACAAACUGAAGUGGAAAUGUGGAGAACCGAGUAUGAACGUGGAAACAUGAGGAACUGAGAGAAACUGCCAUCAUCCUCAGCCACUUGCCAUACUUGCAGGGGCUGAUGGGAGUUGUAGUUCAGCAGCUCUGGAGGGCCAAAGGUUUCCCACACCUGCUUAGACCCUCACCCAAGCCACUAGGAAGGAGAAUCAGGGAACUCUGCAAACUUCCUUAGAAUCACCUGGCUGUGUUUGGGAAGAACCUUGAAUCUGGAACAAACUAGCUGUUAUUGCAGCUAGUGUUAUAUGUCUCUAAGGGCUAGUAAUCGAGCUUCUGCAUUUUGCAAAAUCUGCAGCUUCUGGGUGUCUUCAAGGGAGGGUCCACACAGAAUGCAUUACAGUAGUCUAUCUUAUCACUGUGGCCAGACUGUUCAGGAACAGCCGUAGAUGGCAAAUCCAGCAAAGCUCAUGAAUGGUGGUCCUAGGACUCCUAGCCAUCAAAGCCACUGGUCCUCCAGUGACAAUGUUGAAACCAGGAGCACACCCCACCCCCAGACUAUGAGGCUGCGCCUUCAAGGGUAGCUCAAUGCCAUCCAGAACAGGCCUCUUAUCUAAUUCCUGGUCUUGGGCACGACUCACCCACAGGGCCUCCAUCUUGUAAGCAUUCAGUCUCAGCUCAUUGGCCCUCACCCAUCCCACCACUAAAAUCCAGCCACUGGGCCAAUGGCUUCACUUGAUUAAGACACCAAUGAGAAAUAAUAAUAAUAAAUAAUAAUGAAUUUUUAUUUAUACCCCGCCCUUCCCGGUUCAGAAAACCGGGCUCAGGGCGGCUAACAACAAAUUUAAAACACUUAAUUGUGAUACAACAAAAAACUGUAUAAAAGUGUGAAUAACAAUAAAUUCAAAGUUCUAAAACCAAUUUAGGGGGAAAUCUAUCCAAUAAACAUUAGGUGAUCACCAGGGCUAGCUGGCUAAAUUAGUCCUAUUUGGGCCAGCAAGGAGGCCAGGGAAGAAUUAGCUGUGGGAUCCCAGAGCGGGUAAUCUUCAUAAAAAGGGGAGGGGGAGGGAAGGAAGGGGAAUAAAAGAUCAGGCUAAAUUAAAAUUGAAAGCCAGGCGGAAUAGCUCUGUCUUACAGGCCCUGCGGAAGGAGGUUAAAUCUUGCAGGGCACUGGUCUCAUGGGACAGAGCAUUCCACCAGGUCGGAGCCAUCACUGAGAAGACCCUGGUGGAGGAUAAUCUGACUUCCUUCGGGCCCGGGACCUCUAAACUAUGAUUAUUCAUGGACCUUAAGGUCCUCUGUGGGGCAUACCAGGAGAGGCGGUCCCAUAAAUAGAGCUUUGGUGUCCAUCACCUUGGCUCUUUCUUCCCCUCAGCACUGCCCCUGCCCGCCUUUCCUCUGAGGUGCUCAAGUUGGUGCACAAUUCAGGGAUGGGCAGAAGAUAGAUUGGGAUCGAUUAAUAGGCCUCUGGGUGGUUUGCAGUGGGUGGACCAGCGGUUCUGAUUCCCAGCUGUUCGAACAAAGAGCAGCAGAUGUUUUUCUCCAGAAUUAGUUUGCUGAAAGAGUAUGCUUGGAGGAAAACCAGGAGUGGAUUUUUAUGUAAAACGACUGGGAAGCUUGGUUCUGAACUUAGCCUGCGUUCAAAAAAACACCCUGUUCCUUUAUUCUGCAUGACUGAGAUACUGCUUUGUACCUGGCUCCUGGCUUGGGGUUGUAGCUAAACAAUGAACAAAGUCGGUUCCACAAUUCUGAGCCUUCCCCGUAUUGGUAUACAUGGUUUUCCCCCAUUUUAUCCCCACAACAACCCUGUGAACAAGUCUAAGAGAUGGUGACUAACUGGGUGUCACCUGGUAAGCUUCAGUGGUGAGUGGGGAUUUGAACCUAGAACUCCCUGGUCCUGUUUCUACACUUGUCUAACCACUGCUGGCUCUCUUGUAAGAGAAUUAACCAUUUGAAAAGUUGUCAAAGAAUUUCAGCAAUGACUAUCCUGGAAAACAUUGUUCCAUUUCUACCCUAAGCCCAAAUGUGAAGAUCCUUCUCCCUGUUUCCCCCACCCCCACAAAAACCCGGGGGGAUAGGUUAGAGAGAGGGGAGACUGAAUCAGGCUCACCCAUUGAGCCUCAUGGUUGUCUCUACCCACUGAAUCACACUGCCCCUUGCUCUGUAAUUCCAAACAUUUCCGCUCACAGACUUAGAGGCUGGUGUUUUUAACACCUGCAAGACAGGUCGCUAUGUAACGGGUGCAGCUUUUACUCCAGUGUGGAAAUGGAGCAGUGGCUGAAGCUAGACCUGCUGGAUUUCUGCCUGCCAAACAGCUGCGGGAGGUGCAGGGGAAAGCUUGCUUUUGCAUGGUGGCAUGUGGAAGAGUGUUUUCGUGUUUGCAUUUUCUUGCAUUCCUGACUCCAUUAGCUGUGUUUUGCCCUCAGCAUGUUGCUGAGCUGUACAAAUAUUUAUCCCCCUGGUUUGGCAUACCUGGCUCUCAUGUGCUUUAUCACACGCAGAGAGGAGAGGCGCAAAGGGUGGGUGGGUCACAUGAUGUGGAAACAUUGGAGACGGGUUGUGGGGGGAGAGAAAUGCCAGGCUUGUUUGGUCAUAUGGGAAUAAUUAAUGCAAAACAAUAUCUCAUUUGAUCUGCCCUGUGCUAGAUUUGCCAACUGACCCGAAAAACACACAACCUGGCCUGCUCUUCUGCUCCUUAACAUCAGCUUGACAAGGUGCAGAAGGGAGCAGAGAAGGUUUUUUAUGGGAUGAAGAAAAAGCAGCAUUCUCAGCUUGUAAUAUCUGCAGAACCAGUCCCUGUUAAAAGCAGAGGAGCAGAGGGCAGGAAUAGAGUUGGCAACCCUUGCUGCACCCCUACUUUAAUAAACAUGCACUUCUGCAAAGAAUAAUCAUAUAAUUCUAUGAUUCCUAUCUUCCUAGUUAGAUCAGCCCUUUAUCCAGAAACACAAAGACUAGAAUCUUACUUUAUUUUUAUGAAAAGGACCCUAGCUCCGUAGCAGAGCAUCUCUGCAGAAGGCCCCAGGUUCAUUCGCCGAUGGCAUCUCCAGAUAGAGGUAGGAGAGGCUCCUUGUCUGAAACCCUGGGCAGACUCUGCCACUCAGUGUAGACAGCGCUGAGAUGUAUGAAUCCCAGUGGAAUAUAUAUGUGUGUUGUAACACUGUGACACCAGAGGGCGCUGUAGAGCUAAAGUUAGAACUGAAUGAAUUUUUACAUUGUGAGCUGUAAAACGUUUUUUCCAGAUCGUUUGCAGAGCGUUUUUUUAUAGGUGUGUAGAUGCAGCCCCUGUUGCUAUAUAAUGAUUGAUCUUCGCUCUCUCUGUGUUUCCUUUAGUCCUCGAGUGGGUACCAACCAAAGUGCGAACGAUUGCUGGGACUGUGGUGGGAUAUUCUGCAACCACCGGGCAAAUCAUCCUUCCUGGACUGGCCUACGCCCUCCCAGACUGGCGUUGGCUCCAGUUCGCUGUUUCAGUGCCCUUUCUCGCCUUCUUUGUCUACUCCUGGUGAGCACACAUCAUCCCUUUGCAGAAAACACCCUUAAUUAAACCCUUAAACCCUAGAGAGCAGCCAGGGUCUCACCCAACAGCUCCUGUGACUUUUGCCAUGAAUUGCUGCUAUGCGAGCAUUUGGCCAAAUGGCUCAUUUGCACGGCAGUCCUGCUACAAGCAGGGCUGGUCCACCCAGGGGCAUCUUGCCCACAGACGUUAGUGGCGCGGGGCACCAGGGCGCCAGAUUUUGGAGGGCACCACAGGCGGAGAGUCAGGGCUUGCUCCCUUCCCAGCUCUGGGGCAGCCCACUCCUCUCCUCUCAGCCACCCAUCAGAACGCACUGCUUCCGACUCAGGGAAGCCUCUUUGCAUCCCCUCCCGCCGGGGCUGCCUAGGUGCCUGGCAGGUGCAAUCGGGGGUGGGUGCAGGGCAGGCAUGUCUCUCCCACCCCUCUCUGGCCUCGUCACUGCCUGCGCGCCUCCCUGGGGAGUCUGUGAGCAGAGCAGGGAAGCGCCCUGUGCAAUCCUGGCACCAAGAGAGAAUGGGGCAGCCGGCAAGCCACCUGACCUGCUUGCUGGCCCUCCUGUUGUGCGGACUUCCCCAGAUGGGGGCAGGUAAGGGGCACCGGGCGCUUAGAGGGAGGCAGCGUGGGAGGCCAUCUGGGCUGCGAUCCGGGUAUCUCUUACCUACAUGCAGCGCCGAGCACGCAUUGGACCACACGAUGUAAACGAGCCAGACCGAAGUCCCCCCCUUAAGAAAGGUCAACAACUCUGGGAAACGGGGUGGGGGGGACCAGAGAGAUAUUUACACCACAGCGCUGGAUAUGCUUAAGGCAGAAAGCAGAAGUUGCCCGGGGCACUGGUCCUACUGUGAGUGUGUCUCCAACAGUUUGAGAUUUGACUUUUUUUUUAACCCUGCCUAGGUGGUUUGCAGAAUCCGCACGGUGGUUAAUACUCUCGAACCGACUGGAACAGGCUGUGAAAGUUCUUAAGAGGGUAGCGCAGAUCAACAGGAAAAUGGAAGAGGGAGAGAAACUCAGCACAGAGGUACAAAGAUGAAUUGAGGUUGUUGAUGCAACCAAAUUCACAAGCAAGGGAUGCACACAUUCUGUGAAUCCGUGUCUGUUAUGUUGGCUGGAUUUGUUGUUGUUUUUUAAUGUGAAUCUUUGAAUUUUGAAAUAUUCGAAUGUGGCUCAAUUUGGAGGGCACCUUUAGGAAAAACACAAUACAGUCGUACCUUGGAUCUCAAACGCCUUGGCUCUAGAACAAAUCAGCCCCCGAACAAUCGAAACCCGGAAGUGAGUGUUCUGGUUUUCGAAUGUUCUUUUGGAAGCCAAAAGUCUGACAGGGCUUCUGCGGCUUCCCAUUCACUUCAGGAGCUUCCUGCAGCCAAUCGGAAGCCACGCUUUGGUUUCCAAAUGUUUUAGAAGUCGAACAGACUUCCGGAACGGAUUCCAUUUCACUUCCAAGGUACGAAUGUAUUAACAUAUUGGGGGGGGGGACACACCAUAUGAAAACACUUCCUUGCCAACAUUAGUAUCAGCAUUAUUUAUAUAUUACAUCUAUCUGUCACUUUAUACAAGAGAUAAAGUCUCGAAGUGACCUGACAAAAUGAAAUAAAACAAAUAAAAGCAAGUUAGAACCAGAAAGAAAUUAAACAAACAAUAGAAAACGCUCAGUGGUCUAGCUAGGCCAAUAUUGUUUACACUGACUGGCAGCCUCCCUCCAGGGUUUCAGAGACGAGGUUUCUCACAGUCCUUUCUGGAAAUGCCAGGGAAGGAACCUGGGACACUUUGCAUGCAGGGCAUCUGCCACUGAGCUUACAAACUCACCUGUCCAUCACCUGACAUUGCAUGAUGACACGCACAGGACAGGUAAAGCAACAGUUUCAAAUAGCACCAAAUGCAUGCUGCAAAGGCAAUGGAGCAUUCCUUUGCAGCUGCAACUUAAAUUCAGCAAGGAAAGGUGCCAAUUUAAAAAGGGAAGGAGUGUUCCUUUGCAGUUCAAGGUGGGAACCUGAUAUCAUAUGAUGCCAGGUGACAGAUGGGUGCACAGCUUGGCCCACUGCUCAAAGUGGUCCACCCAUUCCUGCCUGCCCCCCACCCGAAGCUUUGCAACAACCCUAACAGAUAGGCAACAUUCUACUUAAACGCCUCCAGCACAGGAUUUCUGGGCAUGUUCUAAACUCUAAUCUUUCUCUCCUUUUCAGCUGAGUACAUGUGUAUUUACUGGAGUGCACAUAUUUUAAAAACUGUGAACCCAACAUUAUCCAUCUUUGCAAGUGGGAGUCAUUCCCUGUACUCCUAGAGUUUGGCGGUUACGUGCCGCUUCUUAGGGAGUACAGUGGUGCCUCGCAAGACGAAAUUAAUUCGUUCCGCGAGUUUUCUCGUCUAGCGAAUUUUUCGUCUUGCGAAGCACGAAAUCCCAUAGGAAUGCAUUGAAAUUCAAUUAAUGCGUUCCUAUGGUCAAAAAAAGUCCAAACAAAGCCAAAUUUGGUACAACAAGAGUUUAUUAAGUGCUCUUUAAAGUCACACAUACUGUAAAGAGCAUUUCAAAAAUUGAAGGAACAAUAAAUUAAGUUUCUAAACAUGACAGAAAAACAUUUAAAAAUCAACAAAGUGUACAGUACAUUUUCUAAGACUCUGGGGGACAACUCGAAGAAGGUUCCUCUUCCACUCUUUGCUUCUUGCUGAAGAACCCCCUCCUCAACUGUUCCCCCAGCCACCCACCACACAGAAAUUCAAAUCCAGAAUUUUUUUUUAAAAAACAGCAGAGUGGCCCAAUGGUCACAGAAAAUCAUAAAAAUGCAGAAAAAAACACACAAGCUUCCAGAUUCUUGCAAACCCCUCCCCAACACCAAGUCCUUGAAUUCCAAACACCCCAACGCAAAAUCCAAAAACCCCCAAAAAAGUUUUAAAAGUUUAAAAGAAGUUUUGGAAAAGCUUCAAAAAUCACCAAGUCUUCAAAAACCUCAAAAAGGCUACCACACCACGUUCUAUGAGAUGCUCCUCGAAGUCAAGUCGCAACUGUAUUAACGGUGUUAAGAAAAAGGAAACAAACUUGCAAGACAUUUUCGUUUUUCGUCUUGCGAAGCAAGCCCAUAGGGAAAUUCGUCUUGCGAAGCAGCUCAAAAAACGCAAAACCCUUUCGUCUAGCGAGUUUUUUGUCUUGCGAGGCAUUCGUCUUGCGGGGCACCACUGUAUUGCACUAUGUGACACACGGACAAUCCCAAGCAGGUUUGGUGACUCUUCAGAAACUCAAGAGAUAGGACUGGUGAAGGUUGUCAGUCACCCAAGGCCAAUGGCAGACUUCCUGAGGUCCUUUAGGCUCUGCUGCCAGUGCCUCUGCCAGCCUUUGCUUUCAUUCUUUCCUUAAAUCGGGGCAGUCCAGGAAAGCUUCUGCAUCAGUGACGAGUAAGAUCAACCAUUUGUUCUCCUUUUCUUCCUGUAGGUCUUAAAAGCUAGCAUGCAGAAAGAAUUGUCUCUGACACGAUCAUCCUACACAGCCGUCAGCUUAGUUCGUACACCCACCGUGCGCCGGAUCUCCUGUUGUAUUUCCAGUGUCUGGUACGCUUUGACCGUUACUUUUCAUACCUCCGCUCCUAAAAUUCGAAUACUCUCACCAGGGCUAGAAACUUGGUUUUAAGAUUCUUUUCAAAAUGCAACACUAAAAUCAUCAAGAGGCUGAAUUCCUAAUUACUAAAUUUUAGGACUCCAAUGCUUUAAAGGUAAAGGGACCCCUGACCGACUCUGGGGUUGCGGCGCUCAUCUUGCUUUACUGGCCGUGGGAGCCGGCGUUUGUCCACAGACAGCUUCUGAGUCAUGUGGCCAGCAUGACUAAGCUGCUUAUGGCGAACCAGAGCAGCACACAGAAACACUGUUUACCUUCCCGCCGGAGCGGUACCUAUUUAUCUACUUGCACAUUGACAUGCUUUCGAACUUCUAGGUUGGCAGUAGCAGGGACCGAGCAACGGGAGCUCACCCCAUCACGGGGAUUCAAACCGCCGACCUUCUGAUCGGCAAGUCCUAGGCUCUGUGGUUUAACCCACAGCGCCAUCCGUGUCCCCAUAGUAGUAGUAGUACAUUAUUUUUAACCUAACUGCUUACAAAGCUAUGGCUGUCACACACUUUCUCUCCAGUUUCCUUUUUCCAAUAUAAUUUUUUAAUUUAAUUUCCAAUUCCCCCCCAAAAAAGUUUUCAAAUUGAAUAGUUACAUUGUUUCAUGUAUUGACUUCCCACCCCCACCUCCAGAGUGUUUUUGUUCAACCCCUUUUUCUACUGCAUUAUAUAUCAAAACUUUCUCUCCAGUUUCAUAUCCAAUGUGAGAUAAGUGCACAUUGUCUAAAACCAAAACAAAUGAUCUCCUCCUCCCCCCGACCCCGCUCCAGAACAGUUGCUUUAGUCCUAUGAAAAAUUAUGUAGAUUAAAUGGAUUAAAUGUUACGGCUCAUAGAGUUAAACCAAUACUUCGAUUCUUUAGAAGACAAGUUUAUCCCCAAAUCAGAUGAUAUAUUUGUGCCACAUAUAUAAAAAAGAAGAGUUUAGAAAGAAGGUACAGUCAUACCUUGGUUGUCAAAUGCCUUGGUACUCGGACGUUUUGGCUCCUGAACGGCGCAAACCCAGAAGUGAGUGUUAAGGUUUGCAAAUGUUUUUCAGAAGCCAAACAUCCAUCGCAGCUUCCGCUGCUUCUGAUUGAGUGCAGGAAGCUCCUGCAGCCAAUCGGAAGCCGUGCUUUGGUUUUCGAACCGUUUCGGGAGUCAAAUGGGCUCCUGGAACGAAUUAAGUUCAACAACCAAGGUACCACUGUAUUUGGUGUUUGUAGCAUCUUUUCCAGGGCAGGUUGUAUCUUAGGGCUAUGGAGUGAUGAACAGUGUGAGUGAUGCAAGAUUACGUCCUGCUGGAAUCUCGUUGCAUUCUGUCAAAUUGGUAACAAGCAAAAUCCACACAGUUCUCAGCUCCAAAAGCCAUUACUUUGUGUCAGAAGUAAUGGCUUUUGGAGCUGAGAGAUGUGUGGAUUUUGCUACCCACCACAACCAGAACCUGCACAUCCCUUGCCUUUCUUUCUGUGCCAUCUCCUUUCUACACACCGUUUCCAGGUUUGCCACUAGUUUCGCUUACUACGGCCUCGUCAUGGACCUCCAGAACUUUGGCUUCAGCAUCUACCUGAUCCAGGUGGCAUUUGGCUGCAUCGACAUCCCGGCCAAGCUGGGGGCCGCCAUCGGUAUGAGCUACAUCGGACGGAGAACCACACAGGCCUCUUCUGUCAUCCUGGCUGGCUUAGCCAUCCUGGCCAAUAUAUUUGUGCCCCAAGGUAAGCUGAUGUCAGGCAGAAGUGGUGAAAGUCAUCGCUGCUUGGCUCUGUGCAUAGCCACCACUUGCACCCGUUGCUCUGAAAAUCAGUCCCAUGAGGUGGUUUGGCGGCCGAUGGCACUUAGUUGGUAAAUCCCCUCUCCUCUUUUAUAUUGCUACAGUCACCGGAUAGCUUUCCUUUGUUAGGGUUGCUUGUUGGUUAAUCCAUCAGAAUGACUCUGGUAGGUGCUUCCUUGAUGGGAACAAUUGGAUGGGAGAGCUUUCUGGAAUACUUAAAAUGUGAGGUUUACUCACAUUGAAGUCUUGGCAGGAUUCAAGAGAUGCCAUGAUAAAAAAUAGGCAGGCAAUAAUCCUUAAAUGUUAAAAAUGUCAAUAGUCCAGUUCAAAAUGGAGAUUGCUCUCUGGAGGACAGCAAAGAAAUGUCUUCCCACAUUGCAGGUAGGAAAAAUAAUAAAUAAUAAAUAAAUCUUUAUUUGUACCCCGCCCACCCUGGCCGGAGCCGGGCUCAGGGCGGCUAACAUCAUAAAACUAACACAGUAUACAGUGGUACCUUGGGUUAAGUACUUAAUUCAUUCCGGAGGUCCGUUCUUAACCUGAAACUGUUCUUAACCUGAAGCACCACUUUAGCUAAUGGGGCCUCCUGCUGCUGGUGCGCCGCUGGAGCCCGAUUUCUGUUCUUAUCCUGAAGCAAAGUUCUUAACCUGAAGCACUAUUUCUGGGUUAGCGGAGUGUGUAACCUGAAGCGUAUGUAACCCGAGGUACCACUGUACAAUGAAAGAAUGGGUGUUAAUCUAGAGAGUUUCAGCAACUCAGAAAUAAUUUCAAAUCAGCAGAAUUCACAGCGCAGUCCUAUGCAUGUUUACUCAAAAUUCCCACUAUAUUCAAUGGGACUUAUUCCCAGAUAAGUGAGCCCGGGAUCUCAGCCUAAGGCUGCAAACCAAUAUAGAAUUAUCUGAGAGUAGAAAAAGAAUGUGUAGUGACAGGAAGAAGUAUAAAUUGCAUUUUCUGUUGUUCUCCUUCCCACAACAAAUGUCUAGAGGCUAUGACAUUGUAGAGUCCCCUGUUGGUGACUAUCUAGCCACCAUGCUUUCUGUGAUUUAGCUGCAGAUCCUCCCGCAGUUCCCUGGACUUGUUGGUGGCUAGGAAAAAUAAAAUAACCAUCAAGGUGUAAGGGAUGGAAAACUCACCAUAACCCCAUAUGUGUCUCCUGACUCUCUUUUCCACACAAGAUCUAUACACCUUGAGGACCUCCCUGGCAGUGCUUGGAAAAGGAUGCUUAGCUUCAUCCUUUAAUUGCCUCUAUCUCUACACAGGCGAGCUCUACCCAACCGUGAUCAGGUAAGUCUGCACCUCGGACUGUCACCUCCCCUUUAGAUUAUAUGGAACAACUGGCAACAUUUGAGAAAAAUUGGAGCCGGUGGGCUUCUUAUCGCUAGAGUAUGAUAUCUCUUUUACCCAACAUGUCACAGAAAUAAUUGCCUGGUCAGUAGCAAAGCUCAUUAAGAUUAUGCUUGUUACUUGGAUGCCCCUAUUUGCAUGUGAAAAAGAGAGAUCAGAGAUAUCAAAGACCACAAACAUUCACUUAAUGCUGUCUCAUAUGACUUAGGAGCACAGAAGGCUGUCUUACAGUGAGUUAGUCCCAUAGGGACUAAAUGUCCAACCACAAAAAUCAUAGCAGAUUUGACUUCUUCACACCCAAAAACAUAUUUCUAAGGCCCCUCACUGAAGAAAUUUCCAAAAAUUAAGCUUCACACCCCCUAAAAUGGCACAACUUAUUGGCAGUGGUGUAGCGUGGGUUGCCAGCGAUCAGGGCCACACCAAAGGGGUGGAUGGAAGGGAGGGAAACAGAUGAACUAUGCUUGCGAUCCACAUCACCCAGGGGAUCAUAGCUGCCAAGAAAAGAAAAGAAGAGUUGCUCCAUUGUCUGGAGAGGUCACCUCCUGGUUUGCAUGGAGAAGCUGUUUUCAACAAAGCCCAGCAACCGCAGCAUGCAGCUUUUUUGAGGCAGCACCGGGUGUUGACAUUUUACACCCCUAACAAUUUUGUGCCUGGGGCAACCGCCCCCUGUGCCCCCCAUGCUACGCCGCUGCCUAUUGGUCCAGCUAGCUCAGUAUCACCUUAUGCUGACCAGAAAUAUCUCUCUAGGGCAGCGGUUCUCAACCUGUGGGUCCCCAGAUGUUGUUGGACUACAACUCCCAUCAUCCCUUGAGCUCUGGCUUUGCUAGCCAGGGGUGAUGGGAGUUGUAGUUCAACAACAUCUGGGGAUCAUAGCUGUUAACUUUUCCCUUUUUUAAAGGGAAAUUCCCUUAUUCCUAAUAGGAUUCCUCACAAGAAAAGGGAAAAGUUGACAGCUAUGCUGGGGACCCACAGGUUGAGAAAAGCUGCUCAGGUAGGGGUCUCUCUCUCUCUUUCCUAACGCUCCUUGGAGAUGUCAAGGAUUGAACCUGAGACCUUUGGCAUACAAAGCAGAUGUUCUUCUGCUAAAUUACAGCCUUUAAUGCUCAUUGGUGCCUGUUCAGACAUUCAGCCCAAAGAAGCAGUGCCAAGCAACUUGUGGCUCAGUCCCCAAAGCAGCUUCUCUGAAUAAUCAAGUCCCACAAAAAAUAUCCCCCCCCCCAAAAAAAAAGACACCCAGAUCUUGGUUCCCUUUUUCUGAUUUGUUUACUUGUUUAAAGAACCAAGAUAAAGCAACCUUUUGUUUUUUACCAUUUUAUGGUUUCUCCUUUAAAGGUUGUUUUCUACACUUGCAGACAGACCGGGAUGGGGCUAGGAAGCACCCUGGCACGUGUGGGGGGCAUAGUGGCGCCGAUGGUAAAAAUGACCGGGGAAUAUUUUCCAUACCUCCCACCUCUCAUAUACGGGACAGCCCCAAUUCUGUCUGGGAUUGCCGCUUUCUUCCUGCCAGAGACACGCAACAGGCCGCUCUCAGAUACCAUCGAAGAAGUUGAGAGUGGGUGAGUCCCUGUUUGUGGCCUCCUGGAAAGGCAUGGCCAGGGGUCAGGAAACUUUCGCAAGUCUCCAUUCAUGAGUCCACAGCACAUCCCAUCUUCGCAUUUCUCUGCCAUUUAAAAAUAAUAAUAAUGAAAAGCACAAUUUGUAUUUAUAAAUGCAUGUUUUUGAGCCUGUUUCCUCACAAAAUUUUAUGCAUUUCUAAAUGUAUACUUUCUUCCAAAUUGGACAUUUCCUAAUACAUUUGAAUUUUGUUAAAGAAAUUUCUUUAUACGCCUCCAAGCGGCUUACAGAAGGGAAUAAACCAUGCCAUGCACAGGCUGUCAUACGUGUGGAGGAAAACCUUCACACAUUGCAGAGAUUCAAAAAAAUAGAUCAGCGGCAAUUGUAUUUCAUCCAGCAGAGCUUUACUGCUACUGAAGGCAGUGUAAUGGUCACUAAUCCAGUACAUUCAGGAUUGGCACUGUCAACAAGAAACUCAGUUGCAGCACUUACAAAAACUUAUAACACAACUGAAACUUAACACUAAGCAUACUAUGUACAGAACACCACACCAGAAGGAAGAGAGAAAGAUAAAGUAAAGCCCAGGCUCCUUCUGGCCUGUAUUUAUAGUCAGCAUGACCUUAAUUGAAAGACAUAAGAGAACCAGUUCAAACCAGCUUCCCAGAAGGUAUAACCCAAACAAUCAUGACCCUUCUGCCUGUUUCUCUCACACAGAGAAGCUUCUAGUAGCUUCUAGAAUCCUCUUGUAUUAACCAGAAUAGGAAAGAUCUCCACGCAUCAGAUCAAUACUUUCUGCACUAAGAAAUGCAAACUAACACAGGCAACUCCCCAUUUAUGCAUGGUCAAGGCAUGUGUGACCAUGACAGCACGCAUCGCCACAUACCCGGAAGCGGCAUGAAAAAGGGCAAACACAGCCCGUUUGAUUCUGGCUUCAGACCCAUUUGACACAACUUUGCAGAAAAUUCACAUUUGCUCAUUUAUGUGGAAUGAUGCAAAUGAAGGCUGACUUUCAGAGGGAAAGCUGCCAUGUAAGGAAAGUAAAACAAAAAUAAAAUUGAGUUGAAAGGGAGGGGGUGGGGAGGAGCAGGAGAUCCUGGUCCAAAUCUAUGGCCCCUGCAGUCUGCAGCUACCUUGAGAUGCUCUGACAAUGUCUUGCCUUUUUAUCCCCCAACAGACAGGUGCCAGAGCAACAUCUCCCUACCAAGGACCAUGAGCAGGUUUUGCUGCAGAAGGUGGGCCAGGAGAUGCCCCAGGAACCUGGACUGUGCUAAGACGGGGGCAGAGGAAGCCGCUGGCCAUCUGCUGGGAAUCGCCAUGCCUUGAGCAUCCUCUGGAGGGAGGGAGGAGGGACGAGGGAGCAUCAGAAAUUGACACGAAUGGACCAAAUAAAACAAAGAAUCAAUUGCAGCACAUCUCUCUCUGGGCACAGGCAGAAGAUCAGGCCGAGCCUUUUUGCUUGUGGCAAAACGAUGCAGAAACCGGCAUUUGGGGUGCAAAAUUCCAGGUGUUCUUGCAUGGGCACAGCCAGCAUUUAUGUUAGGGGGUCAGGACACCCACCUGUCAUCACCCUCUCUGGCUCUGUCUAGCAGAUUCGGAAUGAAACGUCUCAACAACAGUUGUUUUAAAUUUCUUUAUUUUCACCCCAAGUGCUCAGAAAAAAAUCUGUAAAAAUAUUCAGUCAUUUGAAAACUGGGAAGCUAAAUAAAAAAAUUAACAUCAGGGAGUAGCUUUCAUGUUGUUGUCAAGUAUAUUUUGGAAAAUUACAAAGAACAUGCCUUUUUUCAUCUUUUGUUUGUUUGUUUAAUUAAACUAGAACAAGUUUUCUUGGAUUUGCUGAAAACCUUUUCAGCACUUCCUUCUGAAAUUCCUUUUUUCCAAUGCAGUUUUUCUGUGCAUGCUCAGAAAGCACAUCUCCCCUGCCAUCAAUGACCUUAGCUGGGUCUUUACUCUCCGCAAGGUACUGAAUGACUGCUCUAUAGUACAAGUUGUGCAUGGCUGAGCAAGACAGAUGAGCAGAGCCUUUUUUUGUAGUAGGUUCAAAGACGCCCAUGGGCUCUUGGCUUUUGUUUUAAACAGAAAAGCAGCAAGUUCCUAGCCCCGCUAUGAAGGCAGGGAGUUCAAGUACCUGGGGCCAAUGCUUGGUGCUCACAAAAGUGACCCAGGGGAAACAGAGAUGUUAUUUGGUGUCCUUUUUUGUCAUUUCUCUGUGAAGGCAUGCCACCUCCAUGCACAGUUUGAGGGAUCAGGGCUUCCACCUGCUCUGUUGCGUACAGGGGCUGGUCAAACAGGUGAUGGUCAUGACAACAUCACAAACUUUGCUGACUUGUAGUCCUGCAAAGGUGGUCAAGGUCAGUGAACAGAAAACUCUAAGCUGUCUCAACAAACCUGCAAGCUUGAAGGGGGAAGGCAAGGGAUUGAAGCUUGCGGUGUAGGGGCAAGACCUUAAUUUCCAGAGCUGUAAAUUUGAGUCAAUUAAUGAGCAGAACCAAAGGAAACCUGUUCAGAGAUUAAAAGGGCAUGCAGUUUAACUGGGCAGCCACUUUAAAACAUUUUUUUUUAAUCUCAAAGCUGGCACCAGCAGUGGGCAGGGUUGGGCAUAUCUCAGGACCCAGAGGGGGUUGGGCAGUGCCACUCGGGACCUCUGCCACCAUCCUUCCUACCAGGGAACACAGAUGCAUAAAAACUGCCAGGCCGUCAGCAUCCAGCUCCCCACAGUGGACAUUCGUUACUAAUUCCUAAGUGGCAAUGAACAGAAACAGUUGUGGGCUAUGCUUACCUUCUUAACCUGUGACCUCCACUUGUUGUUGGACUACAACCACCAGUUUCCUCACAUCCUGAUAAUACUAAACCACAGCUGGAUCAUUUGGUGCCACUGAAUGUUGGGAGAUUCAGGGCUAGCAGUGAUUUCUGCAUUGCAGGGGGUUGAACCAGCUGAUCCUUUGGGUCUCUCCCAAAUCUACAAUUCUAAGACUCUACAACUCCCAUCACCCCUGAACAUUGGCAAGAAGAAGAAGAAGAAGAAGAAGAAGAAGAGGAGGAGGAGGAGGAGUUUGGAUUUGAUAUCCCGCCUUUCACUCCCCUUAAGGAGUCUCAAAGCGGCUAACAUUCUCCUUUCCCUUCCUCCCCAACAACAAAUACUCUAUGAGGUGAGUGAAGCUAAGAGACUUCAGAGAAGUGUGACUGGCCCAAGGUCACCCAGCAGCUGCAUAUGGAAGAGCGGGGAAGCGAACCCAGUUCACCAGAUUACGAGUCCACCGCUCUAAACCACUACACCACACUGGCAAUGCUGGGGCUGGAGGGAGCUGAAGACUACUAUUGGACUACUGGGCUAGUCCAAUCUAGUAGCCCAAUAAUCAGGCUGGUUUGCUGAAAAAUGAAGACCAAACUACAUUCUCAAACGUCUCCACCAACCAUUGGCUAAAUCUCUCAGCCACAGAGGAGCCUGGAAGUGCUGCAACAUUCAGAUAUUUUACUCUGGACCAUGAGUAGGGAAUGGAUGGAUCAAUCAAUUUCAGUUUUUCUCAGUAUCUCAUUCCCCGUCCCCCCCAUCUCACAUUCUGUUCUUCACAUUGCUGCAGUGAUUUGCAAUUUUUGUUUUUAAUGCUCAUGAAGAUUCGUCAGUAUUUUGGUGCAAAUUUCUCCCGAUAAUGUUUCUGUGUGAAGUUUUGACUAAUAUGCACUUCUAUCCCAAGCAAUCUUCUCCUAACGUAAUACCUUUUUGGGUGUGAUUUUUCACCCUUGUGUGCAUUUUUUAAUGCACACAGUCCCCCUAAUAUGUGCAUUUUUGCACACAUGGUUGGGUUGGAGAAAGAGAGAGAGUUUGGAUUUGAUAUCCCGCCUUUCACUCCCUUUGAGGAGUCUCAAAGCGGCUAACAUUCUCCUUUCCCUUCCUCCCCCACAACAAACACUCUGUGAGGUGAGUGGGGCUGAGAGACUUCAGAGAAGUGUGACUAGCCCAAGGUCACCCAGCAGCUGCAUGUGGAGGAGCAGGGAAGCGUACCCGGUUCACCAGAUUACGAGUCCACUGCUCUUAACCACUACACCACGCUGGCUCUUAAGUGUGUUGCAAAAAUCAGAGACGUGUGGAAUUUGAAGUAUAGUUGUGCUUUCAGGUCAGAAAUGUGUGAAUUGCAUAGUUCCUCAUUAAAAUGCAAGCAAAAUCAAGCUGCUGCCGCGCCCCCCCGCCCCCCAUUCCUAACCAUGAGAAAUCAAACCUUAAAACUCCCUUCUCUCUUCCACCAAUAACUUUCUACAAAGGCAGAAAGGCCAGGAAAAAUUGCUUUGGUGAAAAUAAAAGAAAGCGGAGCUUUUCUGCCUGCCAAAUUGGGGGUUCCAUCCAGCCAGGCUCCUGGAUAUGAAUAGAGCACACAGGCCCUGCCAAUGGGAAAUGAGCAAAGAAAUGUAGGAGAAAAUAAAACACUCUCAUCUCCGCUGUUUUCUGCAGCCCUUCUCUACGGCUAAGACCUUUUUCUCCCCAUGAAAGGCCCAGCUGUGUUCUAUGGCAAGCUCACCCCAUUAAUCUAGGCCCGUGUUCCAGCGAGUUCCCACAUACAGCACUACUCUGUACAAAGGAGAGAUAUUUUAAAUCUCACAGCUGUUUCCUGUCUGCUCUGCUUUGUACAGUGACUAUGGAAAUGGGCUUCUGGCCUGCAGAUCCACUCACCUAACUUUUUAUUGUUGAUUCUCUGUCUCAGUGUCACCGAUGCUACACCUCACCGUACGCUUAAGCUAACCAUGAUUUGGAAGAUUAGAGAUGCACAGGGCACCAUGGUUUGCUUUGCCAAGCUAAGGUCUUCCCCAAAGAAGCUGAAGCCAGAUCUAUUUGUCCUCAGGAAUAGACAGAUAUGUCCAUUUCAGUUUCACUCAGUUUCUUAUUUUCCCAGUUUUUAGUUCAAUUCGGCACAUUACUGAUGUCUGCCAAUUUUGGUUUCUCUCAGUUUCCCAUUGUUCCAGCCUUACCUGUAUUUGUUUCUUUAAUAGCAUUUCUUUAAAAACAAAACUAAAUAUUUUUGUACACAGUCUUUGGAUGGAGAACUGCAUCAUGAAACCUGCAGAGUUUUGGUUUGUGUACUGUUUUAGGAAGUGCAACUAACAUGGGCUGAAAUUUCCACUGACACAACUGUUAAAGAAUGGACAAGUCACAUAUUCUGUUGCACCUGUUCAGCAUAUCCUGGCUUGUGCUGACCUGGUGCUCUCCAGAUAUUUUGGACUACAAUUCCCAUCAGGCCCAGUACAACUGGAAGGUAUGACAUAGGGGGAAGACUAGCUUAGACCAAGGCAGGCAUAUUAGUUUACAAGGAAUUCACCAGAAGCAUCAUUUUAAUUGAAUGCUGCUUCUCCGUGGCAAGCUAUGCUCAAAGCAGCUCACAACAUCAGAUAAAUUCUGCACCAUAAAAUGUCAGGCAGCAACAUUCCAGGAUAACACGCCAGCAGUUACAAAACGUAGCAAAAAGUAAAUAGCCAGACAAAUAUCACUAGACUGAACAAACACCUCCUAUUAAUAAGAUGAAGCAAUCUGAUACCUCGGUUCCCAAACGCCUCCAUUAUCAUACGUUUCAGUUCCCGAACACGGAACGUUUCAGUUCCCGAACACGGAAAACCCAGAAGUAAAUGCUCCGGAUUCUGAACGUUUUUCAGAAGCUGAACAUCCGAGCUUCCGCUUGAGUGCAAGAAGCUUUUGCAACCAAUCAGAAGCCGUGCCUCGGGUGUCGAACAUUUCGGAAGUCUAAAGUCUUCCAGAACGGAUUGCAUUCAACAACCGAGGUUUGACUGUAAUGAUUCCUACUAAGGCCUAACCAUAUUUAUUUAAUUUAUUUAAAUCAAUAGCCCCUUUAGCCAAAGGCUCUCAGAGAGGCUUGCGGGGCGGGGGGAUAGCAUUAAGACUGUUCACAGCUAAAAAUAAACAUGGCACUUGAAGGGAAAGGAAUGGGCUGGUUAGAGUGUGGUGCUCAUGACACCAGGGUUGCAGGUUCGAUCCCAGUAUGGGACAGCUGCAUAUUUGUGCAUUGCUCAGGGUUGGACUAGAUUGUAUUUUAGUGUUCUGUUGGAAGCCGCCCAGAGUGGCUGGGGCGGGGUAUAAAUAAAUUAUUAUUAUAGACAAUUGUCAGGGUCCCUUCCAACUCUACAAUUCUAUGAUUCUAUGAAAAGCAAGCUCAAGCACAAUUUCUUCAAGGUCUAGUUCUUCAAGUUAGCAUCGGUGUCAGUUCCGACUGAUAAAGGUAAAGGGACCCCUGAUCAUUAGGUCCAGUCGUGGCCGGCUCUGGGGUUGCGGCUCAUCUCGCUUUCUUGGCCGAGGGAGCCGGCAUACAGCUUCCGGGUCAUGUGGCCAGCAGGACUAAGCCACUACUGGCGAACCAGAGCAGUGCAUGGAAACCCCAUUUACCUUCCUGCCGGAGCAGUACCUAUUUAUCUACUUGCACUUGGACGUGCUUUCGAACUGCUAGGUGGGCAGGAGCUGGGACCGAGCAACAGGAGCUCACCCCGUCGUGGGGAUUCGAACCGCCAACCUUCUGAUCGGCAAGCCCUGGGCUCUGUGGUUUAACCCACAGCGCCACCCACGUCCCAGUUCCGACUGAUGCUCAACCGCAAGGCUGCAACCAUGGGUGUAGCCAGGGGCAGGGGGGCAGCUGCCCCCCAAAUAAAGUAAAUAAAUAAAAAUACACUAAGCCCAUGGCUACAACCCUUCUCACACCCAGCCUUCUAAACAAAAGUCAGCAUUUCUGCUUCCAGUUACCAAAGCAGAGGUAUAUUUGUGGUUUUCUGUUUUUUUACAGUAAGGAUUUUUUAAAAAAAGCUGGGAAGUGCCAUAGGCCAGCAGUGGUGCUUAAAUGCUGGAUGCCCCAGGUUCAACCCCAGCAUCUCCAGGUAGGGUUAGGAUCAGCUUCUCUGCCUGAAACCCUGAUGAGAUCUGCUGCCAGUCAGUGCAGACAAUAUGGAGCUAGAUGGGCUGACUCAGCUGAAGGCAACUUCCUAUGCUACUAAUCCAUUUCGUAUUUGUCAAUUCCAUAACAACCUUCUAAAAUCCUCCCACAAAGCCAGGAGUCUCACUCUUGGUCUCGUAUCCAGCAGAGGGAGCGAAGGAGAGGAGGAUGGUUUAUUGGAGUGCUGGGUGGGUGUUUUUCCCUUCUUCUUCCAGUCUGCUGUUUGCUCCCACUACCAGACUUCCCAGAAAGAGCAAAAGCCCUCGGCUAGAGACCAGGCAAGUCUUCAGUGGGUCUCAAAGGAACUAGAGAGGCCAGCAGGCAUCUCACCUGGAUGGGCUAUGAUCCGAGAAUCUGAGUCAGGACUCAGGAAGGUAAGUGAGGCAUUCAUGUCAACUGCCUUGUAGCCUUUAGAGAUCGACACGAUCUAAGGCACAGCUGAAGCCAUUUCCAGACAAUCUGUUUUCAUGAGCAUUUAUCCUGCCUUGUUUGCACAAAGUUUGCGGGGAGGCUAAGACAACCGUGGCAAUUUAUCUAGCACUUGUUCUGAUUUGUUUGUGGGCAUGUUAGAUGGCGUAGCAUCAAAGCAACGGCUAUCCCACAAUUUAUUGUGCAUUGCCUAUCGUUUUCCUUAUAAAAAGAAGUCUGGGGGGAGUUGCGGGGGGGGGGGGGCGGGGAGUUUGUUGUGCAAAUGCUCCAAAUCAGCCUGAAUUGCGCAACCUGAAUUUGCUAGCAUGUGGCUGAAUCCUACCAAAACUGUUGACCGCCUGGGAAAUGCUUUUGUUCAAUGUAAGGGGACAAAUCCUGGCGAAUUGACCCAGGACAGUGACUCUCAGGCCUAAAAACCAGCCUCAUUACCCUUUGAGUUCUUUUGAUAUUAUCUGUCUGUGUCAAAUCACUGAUGGUCGGUGGAUUGUAGACCUAAACAUCCACAGUUAUUUUGUGGCAUAAAGCUUUCGGCCGCAAUAAAAAGUCUAGUUUUAUAGUGCCACAAGGCCCUUUCUGUGUUUGUUUGUCUGAAUAGGCUAGCACAGCUGCCUCUCUAGAACGUAGCGUUAGAUUUAAUAUAGACUAGAUGCUCAUUAGAAAUAAACACAUUUCACCUAGAAAUGAAAGACAAAUUUGAUUCUGUUCGCAUUUGAAGGCAAGCCUACCUCAGUCACACUUUCAUGAACCCAAACCCAGCGAACUUUGACGGUUCUCAGAAUAUGGCAAUGCAGUUCUCGGGCCAAGUGACAUGUACCAAAAUAGAGGCGCUGGGGUAAAAUGUGUGUCUAUGCAAGCCAAAAAUUAGCAUGCAGAAAAAUUGCACUAUAUUAGAGGAAAUUGCUUUGUGAAAAAUGUGUACAAUGGGCAAAAUUGCAUAUACCAAAAAAAAUGUGCAUAGCAGGAGAAAUUCAUCCUAAAUUGAAUUUUCACAAGCCCUUUGAAAACAACAUUCACAAACCGCCGUGGAAAUGUGGAGGGAAACCAAAACUGAGACAUUCACCCAUCAAAUGGAAAAUUGUGGGAAAGAAUUUUGCUUGCCGUUUAAUAACAGAAAGAAUUUCCUCAACAGACACACACAAAUGCUUCCUGCCCAUCCUGUGCCCUUGGAGGUUGUAAGGGGAAGGUUUGCAUCCCAAGCGUAGGUCAGAUGGCAGAAAAGAAACAGUUGUGGGCUACCACGGGCAAGAGAAAGCCUGUUUGUUAACCGUGCUAACUCACAAGCAUUUCCAAUUUAUUUCAGAAGAAUUUACUUCCAAACAAAUUGGUUUUGCUUGGAACGAGAAAGCAGUGCUGUUCUCAUUUGAACAGAGAAGCCAGAAUUAGUACCGAGAGACUGUUUUAUGUGUGCCUCACCUUUUCCAGGUUAAGGGGAACCACCGCCCCCUGCUCAAGAAGGGUUGGGGGACAUCGUAUGUGUGGCGUCAUGCAUGCGCAACGGGCCCCUCCAAUGUUGGGCGCAACUCAGCAUCCCUGGCCUGAGACCUGGGAGACCACGGGGGACCUUGGACCUGCCAGUAUCUCUCAGCCUAAGCCUACCUUUCAGGUCUGUUGUGAGGAUAAAAUUGGGAGAGGGGAAGAGAACCAUGUGUGCCCCCUUGCGGUCCAAGAAGGAAAAGUGGGGUGCAACUGUCAUUAUAAUGUAAAGGAUUCUCAGAACAGAGAAGCAUGGGAUCCCCCCUCUCCCCAGAGCAAGGUGACUAUAUGCUCAGAGGCACUGUCACCAUUACUUUCUGUAACGAUGUGCUGCUGCUUGCGAGAGAGCAUUGAGUUUUCAUUUUCUGAAAAUGCAUAUAACCAUGUUAACUGAAACACUUUAAAAGGUAAAGGUAAAGGACCCCUGACAGUUAAGUCCAGUCGCAAAUGACUCUGGGGUUGCAGCGCUCAUCUCACUUUAUUGGCCGAGGGAGCCGACGUUUGUCCACAGACAGUUUUUCCAGGUCAUGUGACCAGCAUGACUAAGCUGCUUCUGGCGAAACCAGAGCAGCGCACGGACACGCCGUUUACCUUCCUACCGGAGCAGUACCUAUUUAUCUACUUGCACUGGUGUGCUUUCGAAUUGCUAGGUUGGCAGGAGCUGGGACUGAGCAAAGAGAGCUCACCCUGUCACAGGAAUUCGAACCACCAACCUUCCAAUCGGCAAGCCCAAGAGGCUCAGUGGUUUAGACCACAGCGCCACCCUCAUCACUUUAAUUCUGUGCUAUUGUGCUCAGUACAGUUACUGUAAUAGAAAUGUUGCUUGCUAAUUUUCAGUGCUUUGUAAUUAUCUGGAGCUGCUUUGAGCGUGGUGUUGUUGUUGGGGGAGCAGUGUACAGAUAAUCAGUCAAAUCAAAUGUCUUUCUGGGCCAAGCCAUGGCACUGGAAAGAGGUUCAGGGGUUCAAUCCUGCACGCUCAAAUGAAAAGUUCUAAACACUUCAGUGUUUAGAAGCUCUCGCAAGUUCUGUGGAAUUGCAAGCACGUGGCUUAAGCAGACGGGGAGAGCUUAUAUGGGGAAGAUAUGAGACAAAUGUUCCACUUCUCUGGAGAGAGCUGAGUGGGGGCUCACUUCCCCAGUCCACCCCCCGCCCCCAGCAGUAACAUUAACCACCUGCCAGCAAAGGCAGCCUCAAUAGUUUCCUGCAAGCUUUGCAAUGCACAUGUGCUACGUUUUAUUCUCUUCACAUAGCUUUUGGAAGAUCUGGUUUCUCUUUCCCACAGCAAAAAAAAGUGGGAAAAGUCAAGACACCCCACCCCACGCAAGGGGCAGGUGAAUCUGUCCAACUUGAUUUUCCUGGUUCUCAAUUUUCCAGCCUUAAUUUCACUUCUCCACUAUUUUACAUCAGUUUCUGAUCUUUUGUUUUUAAGUCUUCAUGAAAUUCCAUCAGCAUUUUAGUGCGAUUUUUCAUUCCCCCCCCCCCAAAAAAAGCUUAACAACUUUUGUGUCCUGAAUUUUCCUUCUAGAAACAAGGCACUCCUACCCUUGUUGUUGUUGUUUAGUCAUUUAGUCGUGUCCGACUCUUCAUGACCCCAUGGACCAGAGCACGCCAGACACUUCUGUCUUCCACUGCCUCCCGCAGUUUGGUGAGACUCAUGUUUGUAGCUUCGAGUACACUAUCCAGCCAUCUCAUCCUCUGUCGUCCCCUUCUCCUUGUGAUCUUUCCCAACAUCAGGGUCUUUUCCAGGGAGUCUUCUCUUCUCAUGAGGUGGCCAAAGUAUUGGAGCCUCAGCUUCACGAUCUGUCCUUCCAGUGAGCACUCAGGGCUGAUUUCCUUAAGAAUGGAGAGGUUUGAUCUUCUUGUAGUCCAUGGGACUCUCAAGAGUCUCCUCCAGCACCAUAAUUCAAAAGCAUCAAUUCUUUGGCAAUCAGCCUUCUUUAUGGUCCAGCUUUCACUUCCAUACAUCACUACUGGGAAAACCAUAGCUUUUAAUAUACAGACCUUUGUUGGCAAGGUGAUGUCUCCACUUUUUAAGAUGCUCUCUAGGUUUGUCAUUGCUCCUACCCUACCCUUGACCACUGGCUUUGCUUCCCAGCUUCCCGUUGGAGCGUCUGCUUGGCCACACAGUGAGGAAAGGAUGCUGAACUAGACGGGCCUUUGGUGUGGUCCAGCAGAAGCAGCCAGGCUCUCCCUAUGUCCCUGUGUUAGAUUCCCUUCAGGGGCCUUGCUGGACCCCUGGCAAGGUUGUAAACAACUGCCUUCUGUUUCAAAUUAAGGCUUUUAGAAGGAGAGAAAUUAAAUAAGGGUAAGCAGGCAGACGGUCCCCGACUCUGGGCAUCAAUUGAGAAUGGAUGCGUCUGCAGAUAUAAAAGACACCAUUAUGUAAUGCAUCAGAUCCUAGAUCUAUCUCGUUUCUAACUGCAGCCAGGCUGGUGCUUUUGGAAAGUCAGAUGCAGGCUAUGAAACUGGACAUUUGUACUUGAUAAGCCCACCUUUCCUCCAAAGUGGCAGACAUGGUUCUCCCCCUUCACAUCCUACCCUCACAACGACCCUGCAAGGUACGUUAGGCUGAGACAGCAACAACCUUUGAACAUCAAUGUGCACAGAACAGAUCGUGUUUAUUGAUACUAUAGUCAAAAUUACAAAACGCAAACAAACAGUUCAAGUUCAUUCAUCCACUGCAAGAACAGGACGGGAGUUAAGGUCACGCUAAGGGAUGCGGGUGGCGCUGUGGUCUAAACCACUGAGCCUCUUGGGUUUGCCGAUCAGAAGGUCGGUGGGUCGAAUCCCCACAACAGGGUGAGCUCCUGUUGCUCGGUCCCAGCUCCUGCCAACUUAGCAGUUCGAAAGCACACCCAAAAGUGCAAGUAGAUAAAUAGGUACCGCUCUGGCAAGAAGGUAAACGGCAUGUCCAUGCGCUGCUCUGGUUUCAGUGUUCCAUUGCGCCAGAAGCGGCUUAGUCCUGCUGGCCACAUGACCUGGAAAACCUGCCGGCUCCUUUGGCCUGUAAAGCGAGAUGAGCACCGCAACCCCAGAGUCGUCUGUGACUGGACUUAACUGUCAGGGGUCCUUUACCUUUACCUUUUUAAGGGUUUAUUUGCAUCCCACCAUUCCCCCAAGGAGCUCAAUAUGGCAGAGAUUAUUCUCCCCCCUUCCCCAUUUAUCCUUACAACUAAGGUGAAGCUGAGAGACAGGUGCUUGACCUAGUGAGCUUCAUGGCAAAGCAGGUGUUUGAAUCUGAGUCUCCCAGGUCAUAGUCCAACCCUCUAACCACUACACCACACUGUGUCUCGACAUGGAGCUUUUUGUUACUUGGUGCCGGAGGGAGCAAUUUAUGUCAUCCACCUGCAAAAAUAAAGACGAACCAAAUUUCUCCACUCCUCUUUACGGCAAAGCCUUUCUGCUCGUGCUCAGACGUAGGUCACGUCAGGUGACCUGUUUAUUGAGCAUUCCUCCUAAUUUGUUUGCAGGCAAUGCCUGUGGGGUGGCUAGACAUCAUCGGCUAUUUACUGAGCAUUUUUGCAGAGAGGUCAGGUGAGGUUGCAUCAAGCCAUCAUUUAUCCCACACUUUCCCGUGUGUAUUCCUGACGCUUUGAUGUACUUUAAUUGUACAAACCUUAAAUUCCUCCUGCAAAAACAUUUAUUAAUUUUUACUUUCGUAAAAACAUUUCAAGGCAGCAUUACAAUGUCUAAGAAUAAAACCAGCGAGAAGCAUCCACAAAGCGUUGUUAAAUGCCGAUGAGCUAAAAAAAGAAAAUUCAUAUUGCAAAGGAGGCCUAAGUUGAAAACAGUGCCAUUCCAGACCCUCCAAGUGUCCCGGUUUCUGAGUUGAUCCUGGAAUGUCCCCAUUUUCCUUAGGGCAACCCUAUUUUCAUCAGAUAAAUGUUGGAGGGUAUGGAGUUAUGCAACUCCUGAGCCAAGGAGAUAAGUAACUAUGCAACCUAUAUAAGACAUCUGAGGGUAGUCCUAUAUAGGGAUUUUUAAAAAAAAGUUUACUGUUUUAUUAUGUUUUUAUAUAUGUUGGAAGCUGCCCAGAGUGGCUGUGUGGAGCAUGAGCAUCAUCAUCAUCAUCAUCAUCAUCAUCAUCAUCAUUGAAUAGGACAUCCCUAUUUUCAUCAGAGAGAUGUUGGAGGGUAUACAUUCCCCUUAUCACAAAAUGUCCAAUGGGAUGUAGCUCAGACCCUCCCUAUUUUCCAGCAACAGUCCCGAAUUUACAGAAGCCAUCCUGGUUUCUGAUUUGAUUCCAGAAUGUUUUCCUUAGGACGUCCCGAUUUUCACCAGAGAAAUGUUGGAGGGCAUGCUGGUUUGUUGCGCAAGACCUCCAAGCCAACUUGAAUCAUUGCACAACCUGCGCUAACUGGAAUUUGUGACUGAAUCGCACCUGAAAAUAGAAACUGUUGGAACUGUCCUGGAGCAAUACUUCACACAGCUUCCAUGUACAUUACGAACCUUUGUGACACUGAAAGUAAUGAUUAGCGCCCUGCCCGUGGAGCUGUGGAAUGCCACCACCUCUGGCCACAGCCAAUCGGGUGCCACAUUCCCCGCUCUCCCAUGAGCAUCCAUGCAACGCACCGCCCUUUCCAUGCACCAAACCCCAAAAUAGAACAGCACGCUGACUUACAGCAGCGGCAGAGAAAGAGAGGAAGGCAGGCAGCGCAGAGGUGUCACUCUGCGAUUUUAUUCCAUAAACACAGUGUGAGUAAGAACACGCUUUGGCAGAUUCCAGAGGGUUCAAGAAAGUGAGACGCAAAACGUUCCCACAAAUGCACGCCGAUAUUGUGAGUCACACACCAGUUGAGGCUGUUGUAUUAGGGCGAAAGGGGCGCUCGCUGCCCAACAAACCUCCCUCUACCCUUAGCCAGCCCCCACCCAGCCACCUACCUGCCCGCUUUUGAACUUACAACCCAUCCUGGGGGUAGCACUCUCUCUCAGCUUCUUGUUCUCUACAGUGGCGGAGGAAGGGGGUGUAGUGGGUGUGGGCCGCCCCAGGUGUCAUCACUGAGGGGGGUGUGACAAAAUGACAAAAAUAUGAGUUUUUAAAAAUAAUAAUAAUAAAAUGGGCUCACGGAACUUUUAAGUUCAGACAAGAAAUGCAAUGAAAUGCGGCUGGCACUGGGCGCCACACCGCAGGGACUGGCACUUACCACGGGGCCUGCAGCAUGCCCGAGCCACGCGUCUCUCCUGGGAGUGACGUGGUGGCUUGAGCGACUGCAGGCUUGGCGCUGCCUGAAACGGCAGUGUGGAGCUUGUGUUUGCCCACCGCCUCUCUCUCAGCCGCCCUACAGCUGAGGGGGAGGCGGCAGAGAGGCUCCACGCAGCGCACCCCACCCCCGGCUGCAGGAUGCGUGCGCCACACUGGGCACCCGAGUGGCUAGCUAUGCCGCUGGUUCUUUAGUCACAAGGCUCAUCCAUGAUUCCAUGAUUCCUAGGCAUGGGUCCAAGAGGUUUUUCCUUUUGUCCCACAGCUUUCCCCAGGAAAUCCCAUUGUUUACCACUGAAUCGGAACAAAAGUCAAUCAGGUUUGUUACGGAUUCGCGUCGUUCCAAUUCAGCGGUAAUAAUGAUGAGAAGAACUUUAUUAUUUGUACCCUGCCCACCUGACUGGGUUUCCCCAGCCACUCUGGGUGGUAGACACAAAAACCCUGCCACAAACACUAUGCAAUAGAAUGAAAAUGUCAUCAACACCCCCCACAAUGCCCUCCCUCCCUGCCUCCCCCUCCCUCCCUCGCCCCCUCUUCUGCCCCCAAAAGUCUAUGAUAAUAGUGGCAGAAUCUAGACACAUAUUAAAAAGUUGUGAAAAUGCUUUUUUAAUAAAAGUUUUGAAAUAUAUAUUGAAUUUGCCAUAGCUUACCAUUGCCAUCUAGUGGCACAUUGGUAUAAUGUACUUUACAACAAACUUAAAACGUUUUAUUUGCAGCUGUGUAGCUGAGUCCAGUGUCUCACACCGAAUGUAAAUGAACUGUGAGAAAAGAUUCUAUGAACUGAAAGUGGAGACGCUACAUGUACUUUUCCUUGUUUAUUUGUUUGUUUUGUAUCACAAAAAAGUCUUUAAUAAAAACUAAAUUAAAAACAAACAAACAAACGAAAACAGUGACUUUCCCAGAGGGAGAGCCACGGGGCAAAAGAAAAACGUCUCAUACCCAUGCCUAGAUACUGUGGGACAAGUGUGGAUGAGCCCAUUAUGUAGAACUCCGGAAGAUGGGGACAAAAAUGUUCCUGGCUCUGUGUUUCUCUGCAUUAUCUCUACUCCCAGGCUGGGGCCAGUUUGCAAGGAGAGACUCCCUUAAUUAGACAAUGGCCAGCAAGGGGACGAGCUGCUGCCCAAUUCAUCACAAAGGCACAACACUUGCCCCGCCCUGGGCACCGGCAACCCACGCUAUGCCCUGGCUGGGCAAGUCACAGGAAAGGCCCCCUGAUUCUCCUUUCAACUCUGUCUUCCCUUCUCCAGCCUUUCUGUUUCCUUUUCCCAGUUGCAACAGCAGUCGCAGCUUAGGGCAGGUUUCCGCUGCCUGCGUCGUACUACAAUUCCCAAACUUCCUGGAGCAUCGAUCCUGUUUGUCAGGGUUAAUUUUGUCCUUCUAAUGUCCCAGAGAACUAAUGUUUGGGCAGGAGGGCAGGAGAACACGCUGAUGUUUUACCCCCUCUCCCUGGGUCAAGUUCCUCCGUCUCCCAAUUCUGGCACCCGAGAGAUUGCCUCUUGUUGACAAAUAGAAGGCAGGCCUCCUCUGGCUUGGAGCACCUACAUAGGCACAGGAUAUUCCAGAUGGCCUCGCACUCUUGAGCCUCGCCGCCCAGAGAUGUACAGACCGAGGAGGAGGGUGGCAAGAGCAGCUCUUUCCCCAUCAGCACCUCCAUGAUGACAUCCAGAGCUCCAUUCAUCAAAAGCUAAUGUAAAUAUUUUCCGCCAACGGACGGAUGCCUAAGAGAGGCAGCGUUCUCGACCACGCUCCGCUCUUGGCCCGAUCCGCAAGACACGCGCACCUGGCCUCCUCACUUGGCAAGCCCCUCUCCUCCCUGCCUUGGUAGAGGUCUAGAAACCAUGUGGAACAGGCAAGAAAAAUCACGGCCCAAAAAUACGAGGGUGGAGCAGGCUGGUGCCGUAAGCCUGGCACCUGGGUCUAGAGAAUUGGGGGCGGGGGGGUGGUUUCAGUCUGGUUCAUGUUGAAAAGGAAGCCUCCCUGCUUUGCCCUUCCCAAAACAAGGCAUGCAAUCCUUCAAAGACAGCACUGCUUCAAAUUUGGUGAUGCAGUUCUGCAAGCAAAAAAUGUGUACCAAAAAUGCAUGACAGUGGUACCUCGGGUUAAGUACUGAAUUCGUUACAGAGGUCCGUUCUUAACCUGAAACUGUUCUUAACCUGAAGCACCACUUUAGCUAAUGGGGCCUCCUGCUGCCGCCGCGCCGCCGGAGCACUAUUUCUGUUCUCAUCCUGAAGCAAAGUUCUUAACCUGAAGCACUAUUUCUGGGUUAGCUGAGUCUGUAACCUGAAGCGUAUGUAACCUGAAGCGUAUGUAACCCAAGGUACCACUGUAUUGGAGAGCAAUGGGCACAGAAAUGCAUGCAUUGGUGAAGGUGACAUAGAACGGUGUGUUAUAUUAGGGGAAAUGGCAAAAAUGUGGAUGUCUCAUGGACUGCUUGGGUGCAGAGGAAUGGUGGGAGGGGAACCAGCUGGGGAACCCUCAAGGGAAGAAGGCUCAGGGCCUGGGGAGUGCUGGUGGGACGGCAAGGGGAGGUCAGAGGGAGAAGAGGGAGGAGCCUGAAGCUGAAGAAGAAACAGAAGCAGAAACUGAAGCAGGCGAGAGCAAGGAGGGAAGCCAAGAGGCAGGGAUGAGUCAGGCUGGGGAAGUCGCGGGAGUCUCUCCCUCCUGCUGCGACAAGCUCCCAUCCCUGCUGGUCUCCCAGAACCAGGAAAGGUAUGAAGAGAGCAGAGGAGGAAUUAGCUUCGCACAGGCGCUGUCUCAGAUUUCAUGGGGGGGGGGGACCCUGGAGAGGAAGGGACAAACCCUGAGUGAGCCCUGGGAUUUCACACGGCUUGGAGAUUGGGGUGGCAUGUAACCCUGCUGCCUGGGUGACUGUGGGCCAGUCACUGCCUCUCUCUCCACCUAACCUUCCUCACAAGGUUGUUGUGAGGAUAACAUGUACAUCACCUUGAGCUCCUUCGAGGAAAGAUGGAAUAAAAAUGUAACAACAGCAACAACACUUUCCACUGCAUGCUUGGGGUAAUCCAGAUUAGGACCACAGCAGGGUGGGUGCAGGGUGUCAAAGCAAAACUGGGUGGAGCAGUACAUCUGCAUUUUACCUCUGUGCAGUAAGCUAGUUUCCACACACUUGCACCCCUCUCUCCAUCUUCCAUCCAUGCAAGCAAGAAGCAUUAUCUUUAAGGGCACAUUCCAGCCAGGCACAAACACUGGGGGUUCAAAGCAAGACCAGUGAGACUGCAGCCUGGGGAGAAUCCUUAGGACCAGAUGGAGAGGGGUGGAGGGCUACCCCCCAUUCUUGAGGGUUUCCUGUUCCUGUUCUAUUGCAUGGCAGCAGUUCCACCAAGAUCUCAAUGGCAGAAGAGUCUGUUCUAUCACUUAAAAAGGUAAAGGGACCCCUGACCAUUAAGUCCAGUCAUGGACGACUCUGGGGUUGCGGCGCUCAUCUCGCUUUAUUGGCCGAAGGAGCUUCCGGAUCAUGUGGCCAGUGUGACUAAGCCGCUUCUGGCGAACCAGAGCAGCGCACGGAAACGCUGUUUACCUUCCCGCCGGAGCGGUACCUAUUUAUCUACUUGCACUUUGACGUGCUUUCGAACUGCUAGGUUGGCAGGAGCUGGGACCGAGCAACGGGAGCUCACCCCGUCGUGGGGAUUCGAACCGCCAACCUUCUGAUCAGCAAGUCCUAGGCUCUGUGGUUUAACCCACAGCGCCACCCGCGUCCCCUGUUCUAUCACUUACCCGAGUUCUUUUUUAACUUGAACUUGGAACCUCCUCCCUACCCAGCAGGUCCUGCCCCUGAGCCACAAGCCUCCCUAUUUUUAAUCAGGCCUCAGCUUCCUUCUCUCCCAAGGUGCCUCUGUGGUGCCAGGAGGUUCUGUUUGAACUCGUGACUAUGGAAUAUUGACACAAGGGGAAGACAGAGAAGAAGUGGGGGAAGCCCCACAAGGAGCAGUUUUGAAAAGAACAACGGCCGGCUCUUUCUGCUUAAGAAACCCCCCACUGCCGCCGUCUCCCUCAGCUGCCCCUUGGUGGGCAGGAGGGAGAGAAAGAGAAAGGAGAAAGGAAGGAGAAGAAAGACCAAAGGAGACCUUCCAAGCUGCCCAGGGAGGGACAGAAGGUUGAGUUGAGGACACUGUAGACCAAAGCAGCUGUUUCUCCCACAUGGCAGGCCUUCAGGUAUGCGAGAUUUAUUUUCUUAGAUUACCUGCAGACGGUCGCCAUUUGCUAUGGGUCAAGGUACUUGGGUUAAUUCACAAAGCCUAAACAACUGGGGCUCAAAAGACCUUAAAAAUCCUUCCUGAUUCCUUAUGCUCCACCACAAGCCUUGAGAUCCUCAGUUGGGGCAUUUCUAGGGGUUUCCCCAUACCCCUGAGGUUCAGCUCACCUUUGCAAGGGUCCAGAGCCUUAGGGUGGUGAGCCUUGCCCUGUGGAACUCACUGCCAGUAGACGAUUUGGCAGAAACCAUCUCUUUCUUCCUUCAGAUGCCUUCUGAGAAUGGCACACCCUCCAACAUUUCUCUGAUGAAAAUAGGGACAUCCUAUUCAACAACAAUUUUAUUAUUUAUACCCCACCCAUCUGACUGGGUUGCUUCAGAUGUCUUCUAAAGGUUGUACUGUAUAGUUACUUAUCUCCUGGGUUCGGGGGUCCAAUAACUCCAUACUCUCCAACAUUUACCUGAUGAAAAUAGGGAUGCCCAAGGAAAAGUGGGACAUUCCAGGAUCAAAUCAGAAACCAGGACAGCUUCUGUAAAUCCAGGACUGUUCCUGGAAAAUAGGGACACUUGGAGGGUCUGAAACGGCACCCUUUUCAACGCAGGCCUCCUUUGCAAAAUGAAUUUUCUCCUUUUUAUCUCAUCGGCAUUUAACAGUGGAUGCUUCUUGUAGGUUUUAUUCUUAGAUAUUGUAAUGCUGCCUUUUUACUGUUAUGAAAGUAAAAAUUAAUAAAUGUUUUGCAGGAGGAAUUUAAGGUUUGCACAAUUAAAGUACAUUUAAGUGCUUUGAUGCAACAAACCUACUUAAAACACACACACACACACCAGACUUUUUGCAGUUGGAAAUGUGAUGGGGAGAUGGAUGGAUGGAUGAGCGAAUGAUCGGAAAGAUGUGUAAACGCCCUGCAAGCAAAUCAAGAAGAAUGAUCCAUGUCACAAGCCAAACAGAAUGAAUGGCUAUUAGCCACAAUGGCUAUACACUACCUCUGUUAUUGGAGGCUGUGUGCCAGUUGCUCGUAAUCACAAGUGGAGAUUUCUCUGUUAUGCUCAGGUCCUGCUUGUGAGCUUCCCAGAGUCAUCUGGUUGGAAACUGAGAACAGGAUGCUGGACAAGAUGGGGCUUUGGCCUGAUCCAGCAGCCAGGCUCUUCUUACGUUCUUUCAAAUGUUCAGUAAAGACAGGGCAUUGCCUAACCUCCAUGUAAGCACCGUGCAGGCAAAUUGAGACAAAUGCAUACCCCACAAGUGUCCCGGAAAAACCGGGACAUCCUUUUUUAAUCACGAGAGAAUAGUGGCCAUUUUGGAUGCUGCGAUCUCGCACAAUUCCGCAGUGUGAUUUCCCCCUGAAAAAUGUGCUCCCUCCCCCCAGGUCAAGAGCCUCAUGCUCUACUGAUUGAGCUACCACGGUGAAGCUUUUCCCAUAAUUGUAUGAGAAAAGGCUUAACCUGUUGAGCUUCCACUUAGAAAAGAAGCCAGAAGCCAGAAAAGUGCAUUGAAGGGGGAGGUUGAAACAGGAGCUCUUUAGGAGUUCAGGGAUUUAUAUUGCCUGGUGUCCAAACAGGAAGUGCAUCAAGCAUAGUUCGGACUUCACUCAUUGGCUAAAAUGUCUGACAAGUGGAACAGGCAGGUUGUCUCAUUUCACAGAUUUCACUUAUGAGGAUACCUGCACAUUUUGCUUCGCAACUGUUUUCCCAAGAGGACUAGAGACUUUUUUUUUUUUUUUAAGGCUCAGAGUUGGAGUGGGGAUCUAUCUGGGACCACCAAUGUAGGCUUUGCAGGCAUCAGGCUAUGUUACUUACUUCUGUCUCCAUUCCUCUCCUUCCAGGUGAAGUCCUUGGGCUGA